AUGUACCGAUUCAUAAACAACUGUAGAAAUAAUGACAAACUAACAGGAAAUCUUAGUGUCAAUGAAAUUCAGACUGCUUCGACUUCAUGGAUUCGAGAUUCGCAACUGCGUAAAUACCCGGAUGUUAUUGAGAGUUUAAACAACAAAUCAGAGAAAAAUGCGCUAGUGAAGCAACUUAGAUUGUACAUGGAUAAAAUGAACAUUAUCCGUUGUGGUGGGAGAAUUAACAAUGCACCUAUUGAUGAAUCAGCUAAAUUUCCAGUACUAAUACCGAACAAAGACAGAUUUUGUAAAUUAAUUGUGAUGGAUGCACACGCAAAGAAUUUUCACUCUGGAUUAGAAAGUACAGUGACAUUUAUUCGCCAGUCUUACUGGAUUCCGUCGAUUCGACAAUGUGUUAAAUCAAUACUCCGUAAUUGCGUUACUUGCCGAAAAAUUACAGGAAAACCCUAUCAUACACCCGACCCACCACCACUGCCGUCCGACAGACUUAAUGAUUCACCACCGUUUACCGUAACCGGUGUCGACUUCACAGGAGCAUUGCAUGUUAGAACAAAAAGCAACAGUACUAGUAAAGCAUAUAUUUGUCUAUUCACCUGCGCUAACACUAGAGAUGUGCAUUUGGAAAUCGUCGAAGACCUUACAGAACAAACAUUCAUUCUAGCGUUUAGGAGAUUCACCAGCCGCAAAUCGUUACCAAAAAUCAUGAUGUCUGACAAUUGUACAACACAUACCGCAGCAGCGAAGGAAAUUGAAAUGCUUACAAAAUCUACUUCUAUUCAGGAACAACUCAACAUAUAUGGAACUCAGUGGAAAUUUAUUCCGAAACGUGCCCCAUGGUAUGGUGGUUGGUGGGAACGAUUGAUCGGCUUGACCAAGAAUUGCAUAAAGAAAGUGUUAGGACGAGCACUAGUUACUUUUAGAGUGCUAGAGACAAUUGUGAUCGAGAUAGAGGCUAUAUUAAAUGAUCGUCCGUUAACCCACGUAUCAACGGACCUUACCGAUGAUGAACCGCUUACACCGUCUCAUCUUCUCUAUGGAAGACGGGUUAAAACUUUACCGUAUUCAGGAACAAUUAAUUUCAGCAGUGAGGAGAACGUACAAAACUUAACACAUUACACAGCAAAUAGACAAUCUAGUGUUCAAAAACGCAUUAUUCACGACUUCUGGAACAGAUGGCGACGAGAAUAUCUCACUUCACUUAGGGAACAACAUAGAAACACCGGAAAUAACACUCAAAUCAUUAAAGUGGGCGACAUUGUACAGAUUCAUGAUGAUACCCCAAGGACAGUGUGGAAUAUAGCGAUUAUCGUUAAGUUAGUUUAUGGGAGAGAUGGACUUUGUAGGUCUGCCAUUUUAUGCACUAAAAAUGGCACGACAUCUAGACCAAUAAGUAAGCUAUAUCCACUUGAACUCUUAUCAACAGAUAGUCCGUGUGAUUCCAGUGACAAUACUAUUACUUCAACUAGAAAAGCAAAAACUGAUGCCAAGGAGAAAAUCAAAAGUUGGAUUCAACCGUUCCGUAAAACAUAA